AUGCUCUACAAUGGCGAAGAACCGAUUGGCUACUGGCCGAGGGAGCUCUUCAAUAACAUGGAAGAUUCUUCUCAGAUUCAACUGAGUGCAACUGUUAGCUCUCCUAUCGAUAAGCCUAGUCUUCCGACGGGCAAUGGGCAACUUGGUGGAGCAUCUUUUAGGAGGAUCACCAUUACGGAUGGGCAGUCUAUUCCAUACCCAAAAUCCGUCUACAAUGCAGUAACAUUCAAUGAUCUCGACAAACCCUUUUAUGAUGCCGAAUACAAUGGAGAUUGCUGCUUGUUUUACGGUGGCCCGGGAGGAUGGAGGCCACCGACAUAA